AUGGAACUCGAAAGAAGACGCUCCCGUUUAGGAGACUUGGCAGAUAACCUUAAACUUGAUGUCAGAGCUCAUCAGAGGACUUAUGAGGGCGCAUAUACUCGUACCGCCAUCUCGUGUCUAUCAUUCUCCAUUGUCAUGAUCAAGCUCUUUUCAUCUGAGUUUCUUCCCAUAGGCACUGUCUAUACGGUGUAUGGAUGCUUGUUAUACUUCAUUGGCGUGGUGAAAGCUGCCACCGUGGACACGUAUUAUAACCCAGAAAAGGAUAUGGAGGAGUUCAAGACCGCUGGCGAUCUGGUUCUUCUCCUUACCGGUAUCAGCCUUGCUUCUUAUGUGGCCAUGCUAGUAUUAGUACUCAGACUAUAG